CUGCUGGAGAAGGCGAAAGCCAAACUUGAAAGAUAAUGAUCGAAAACUUUAUUGUAUCGUUGGAAUUUUUCAGGUUUUUGAAUGUGAAACGAUUAGAAAUUGACUAUUUUAGUUGUUGAUGUAACUGUCGUUGGGUGUUCGAAAUGAUCCGAUGUUCAUUUGAGAACUGAUUUUAGUAAUAGGUACGAAAAUGUGUUGCUUUGGUUACCGAUCCAGUUGGUAAAGAACUGAAUGAGUUCGAUUAGAGGGACGAGACUAAUUUUCAAUUAAAGUUCGGAGAUCAUCGGUUUACAAAGUCAAUGAACGCUUAAAAACGUUGAAAUUAUUUUAAUCAAUGAUCAAUAGGACUACGACUGGCCACCGAAGGAAUUAUUGAUCUUGAUCAGUCAUCACUCAUCAUUCAUAAACGAUUAUGACUCAUAAAUGUUGAUGGCGCAGGCGCAUAGCAGCUAAAUACGCUAUUUAGCUUCGCCCAUCGUCUUCGGUCUCCUACGUUGAAUGAAAUGUGUUUUCACUGAAUUCAGUUUUCAAUUUAUCCACUUUUUUAUUUUCAUUUUGAUAAUUCGAUAUCUCUUCGGAAAUUUAUGAAUGAAAUUAUCUAGGUUCGUUUGUGAAUCGACUUAUCGUAAUUCGGUCAUUGAUUUCUCAAAUUCUCAAUCAGAAUUGAUCUAGUUGAGUGAUCGGUUGUUUUGAUUGCGGUUCAUUGAUAAAAGAUACAUAAGUCGUCUGUUUUUUAAAUAUAAUUAGUUCAUAUUCCUUCGUUUAUAUAGAAAUGUAUCCAUCGACUGAAUGAUACUGUAUUUUAGAAAGCCAGGAACUAGAAAUAUCGAUUGAUUUGUGACCGUAAUUCGUACAAGAUCAUCAUGAAACGAGUAUUAAUAGUACAACAACCUCAAAUACCAUUCGCUAAAAAAGAAGAAACUGUCUGCGUCGACGGAUUUAAUUUCAGUCGUGAUUUGUUAAGCAUAACUGACCUAAUCAAGAACACAUUCUCCAGUUUAGAGCAGAAAAUUAAUUCGUUAGAUAGCAAAAUAAACUCUGUAUCGAGUGUAUGUAGCAGUAUUCUGUACCAUACGGAAAACAUCAUCAAAGGAAACAAAUCGUCGUUUCCUGCCAGUUCGAUGAAAUGUUGCCAAGAAUUGUCGACUAAAAUUGAAAACGUUAAUAAGAUUUUAACCAGCAUCGCUGACGUCGUUCAGCUUCUAACUGUAGAAUCAGUUUCCCAGAAACAGAAUUUAAAUCAAGAAAUAUUUUCAGCUCCUGUUGUAUUAGUACCAAAUAAAGUACCGCCUCUUGUAGAAGCUCAAGUAUCGCUGGAUUCUAGUUUUCAAGUAAUAUCACUAAAUAGCGAACAAGAUUACCCUGAUGGAAGCUGGUUAGGAGACGACACACAAAUGGAAUCCAAAGUUAGGGUCCCUAUUACUCCUGGCGAACUUCUGCAUAUAAAUACCCAUUGUCUGACUCCUGAGAAAAUGGCGUUGACUUUACUCGAUCAUCUUUUCCCUCGAGAAGUUCUAGCUAUAUCGAAUCUCACCGGAAAAGGAAAACAUGGCAAGAAACAAUUGGAUCCUUUAUUCAUAUACGGAAUUCGCUGUCAUCUUCUGCAUAGAUUCGGUAUCAGUGAAAAAGAUUGGUUCAGGAUUAAGCAAAACAUGGAUUCGAAAUGUCGCACGGUCUGGCGAAGAAAACUCAAAGGACUUCCCAUUGGAACGAACAGAGCUGAUCAGAACUGUAAAAGAAAAACCGAAGAAAACCAAUGCAACGAAUCGGAAUUGAAUAGAAAUAACUUCGCUUGUGAUCCUUUCAUUUUUGCAAAUGGAUUAAUUUCGGAAAAUGAAAUAAUGGAGGAUAUCGAAGAAGAAGACGAAGAAUUGGAAGAAGAAACUGAAAUUAUACAGAUAGCUGAAGGUUCGUUGCAGACGAAUUUUGAAACCAGCGAUAAAUUUGAUGAUUGCGACGACGACAGUGAGUUCUUAAACGAUAAUUUCAGCUCGGAUCAGUUGUCUAAAAUGGACGAUAGCGACGAUUUCUGUUCUGUUGGCGGAGAAACUUUGACUAUUCUUACCAGCGAUGGCCCAGUUGAUGUCUUAAAUCAUCAUUCACCGGUCAACGAAAAUGAAUUUAUAAUUGGAUUAAAUGAGGGAAUGACGACGAAAGGCCGGAAUUUAUAAUUUUAAAGAACGUUGAUAUUCUUGUGUGAAUUCUCAUUCUAUAUUCUCGUCAUAUUUUUCGAAAAUUGAUCGAUCGUUCGAUAGAAAGUUACUCAAUUGUUCGAUUAAAAAUUGCUAAAAAAAAUAGCUCGAUCGUUUGAUGGAAAGUUGUUAAGAAAAUUGUUAGAUCGUUUCAUGAAAAGUCCGCAAAUUACGAAACAGACGUUGUAUUUUGUAGAUUUUUUAAUACAGCUGAUCAAAUUAGAAGAAUUUCCAGUUUCGAUUUUAAUUUUAUCAUCUUUCUGGAGAGCAACUUGCUUUUAAGAUACUCGCGACUAAAUCUGCAUCUAUCUAAGUACAUAUUUGUGAGUGAUAUACUAUUAUUCAUUUGAAGAAAACGUGUAGUUAAUUGUUCAUUUUACUGUAAGUAUUGUUUGUACUUCACCAAUAUCAAAUUAAAAUUAUAAUUUGAUGCAUUUAAAACAGAUGAAAAAUAAAAACUAUGUUGUGUGAAAUUAA